AUGAAGAAUGUGGACAUCCCUCUCAAGACCUACGAGCAGAGCCUUCUAAGGUGCAAUGUGUAUCUCCCUCAAGAUGCCAAGCCCUACGGCUCCAAGGUAUAUCCGGUUAUUGUGACCUAUGGUCCCUACGGAAAGGAUGUGCCCUACGAAAGCUUCUUCAAGAAGAGCUGGGACCAAGUCAACCCUGAAAUGAAGUCUGCUCAUUCCUCCUGGGAAACUCCCGAUCCAGGCUUCUGGACUCGUCAAGGUUACAUCGUGGUCCGCACGGACGAACGCGGUGCCGGUCAGAGCCCGGGCCAGCUCGAUACGAUGUCUCGGGGAACCAGCGAGGCAUUCUUCGACGUGGUGGAAUGGUGUGCGGAGCAGCAAUGGUCGUCUGGUCGUGUUGGACUGCUGGGAAUUAGCUAUUAUGCUGGAACACAAUGGCGGGUUGCUGCCCGUAAACCGAAAGGCCUUGCCGCGAUUAUUCCCUGGGAAGGCAUGAGCGACUAUUACCGGGAUCGCGUUCGCCACGGAGGCAUUCUAUCGGACCGAUUCAUCGACUUCUGGUGGCACAAUGGCGUGCAGCCCAACCAGUACGGUAUGCCUGGUCGUGCGGCGCGCAAGUGGGGAGACGACACGUUGGAGGGUGAUCUGACAGAGGAAGAGUUGGUGAAGAACCGGCGAAACCAGACGCUCGAUACGGCUGAGCACCGAUUCAUGGAUGAAGAUUACUACCAGAGUCGCACCUUUGACCUCGCCAACAUCGAAGUGCCACUACUGAGUGUAGCCAACUGGGGAGGCAUCCUCUUGCAUUUGCGCGGCAAUGUCAUCGGCUGGACGCAGGCUUCCUCUUCUUACAAGUUUCUGCGUUUCGUUGUUGGCCGCCAUGACCUUCCCUUCUACUAUCCCCACUCGGCCAAAUUGCAGAAGUCCUUCCUGGACGCAUUCCUCAAGGAUGAAGACUACGAUGGGUGGAAGUCCGGCCAACAGCCUCGAGUAGAGUUGUGCUUACGCAAGGGCGACUGUGGCGUUGACGAUCCAGAGCGUGAACUGAAGUUCCCAUCGCGAGCUGAAGCCGACUGGCCAAUUCCUGAUACCCAGUAUACGAAGUUUUAUCUCACUCCGGAAAGCACGCUGUGGCCUGUGCCCUCAUCUACCACCGCGACUCGGAGUUAUGAUGCCAUGAACGGGGAACCCAUCACCUUCCAAUACAAAACCCCAACCCCGUUGGAGAUCACCGGGCACAUUGUCGCCCAUCUCACCGUCUCAGCCUCGCGCAAGGAAGCCAACGCCCCGGCUCCCUCAGACAUCGACGUGUUCGUCACCAUUCGCAAACUGGAUGCCCAUGGCCGCGAGAUCUUCUACACCGGCACCAUGGGUGAUCCCGUUCCGGUGGUCAAGGGAUGGCUGCGUGCCUCCCUCCGGAAGGUCAACACCGAGAGCAGCUUCCAUAGGCCGUACCUCCCCUACCGUGAUUACUUCUCGACCGAUGUCCUGCCCGUGGUUGAGAACGAGAAGUACGAGCUGGACGUGGAGGUCUGGCCUACGAACACAUUCCUGGAGCCAAACGAGUCACUCGUUCUCGAGAUUGCGGGUCAUGAUACUCAGGGCGUGGGCAAGUUCUCGCACGAGCAUCCUGAUGAUCGCGCAUCCCAGAUCUUUGACGGGAUCAACAAUGUGGAGGUCGGAAAAGAGGCGAGCUGGCUUCUACUCCCUGUCAUUCCUUCCCGGAAUCUCUAG